ACACACACUGGAUAAGCCUCCUUUCCAUGGACCUCUUUAUCUCUCUCUCUCACCGAGAAAAUCUCUGUAAAUGAACCUCGUUUUCCAGGAAUUUUACUAACUACAACUUUCCGCUUUUCUCUCUUUCUGUACAAUGGCCUCUGUAUCUUCUCUGUCUUUCUCAGUACCGAGUCAAUAUCCCGAUCGAAGAGCAAUCGUAUCGUCGACUCGUACUUUGCCAACGAAUUCUGAAGGGUUCCGGUUGCGUACAAGCUUGUCAUGUCACUGUGUGGGCAUUCGAGCCUCGGUUUCGUCUCGUCUGGCUAUUCAUUGCAUGUCCACGUCCAUAGAAUUGCCCACUGUAUCUGAGACGAAGUUGAAUUUCCUCAAGUCAUAUAAGCGGCCUAUUCCCGCUGUCUACAACAAUGUUAUCCAGGAGCUGAUUGUCCAGCAACAUUUGAUGAAGUACAAGAGAACAUACCGUUAUGACCCUGUGUUUGCCCUCGGUUUUGUUACCGUGUAUGAUCAACUCAUGGAUGGAUACCCUAGUGAUGAGGAUCGAGAUGCCAUCUUCCAAGCAUACAUAAAGGCACUGAAGGAGGACCCAGAACAAUAUAGAAUUGAUGCACAAAAAUUGGAAGAGUGGGCUCGGGCUCAAACUGCUAGUUCAUUAGUUGAGUUUGCAUCCAGAGAAGGAGAAGUUGAGGGGAUAUUAAAGGACAUUGCAGAAAGAGCUGGGGGUAAGGGGAGUUUCAGCUACAGCCGUUUCUUUGCUGUUGGGCUCUUUCGUCUUCUUGAGUUGGCAAAUGCAACUGAACCCAAAAUUUUAGAAAAGCUCUGUGCGUCCUUGAAUGUUAACAAAAGAAGUGUGGAUCGGGACCUUGAUGUAUAUCGCAAUCUGCUUUCCAAGUUGGUUCAGGCAAAAGAGCUGCUAAAGGAAUACAUGGAUAGGGAGAAGAAAAAAAGAGAGGAACGAGCAGGAGUGCCGCAGGCUAAUGAGGCUAUCACAAAAUGUUUGGGGGAGUACCAGCAUGCCGGCCUGUAGAAUUUUUUUCCGGUGGUUCCUCCGAUUGCUCAUCGCCCUCUGACCUCUGUGAAUCUUCAAACCCCUAAUUUGUUUUAAGUGGUUUUGAGAUAGAGUUGAAGUUUUUAUACUUAAAGGCACCCUUUUAGCAGUUGGUUAUUUUUCAUUUAUGGUGUCAUUCAGAAUGAUCUUCCAUUGACGAUGUCCACAUAUAUAUUUCCCUGAAAAAUAAAAGAAAAAUCUACAAUGUAUUUCAUAAUUCAUAACUGUAAUACUCAAAAUGCAUAGAAAUCGGUAUUCUCAAUGGUAAAUCCAGUUUUCUUAGAUA